ACACAUACCACAACUAACUGACACCUGCUCACAGUUUGGAGACGCAGGACAUGUGAGGAUGUUUUCUUGCUGCCUCCCAACUUCCCAAGGCUCAGGCCUCAGGAGAUCUCGCAGGGGAAGAUUCAGCCACAUCUGGAGAAACUGGGUCCCCCGUCUCACAAGACGCCUGUGGCCAUUUCCUGAGAGGAGUCAAAGUGGGAAACACAGUAGCCGAGGGCAGGUCAGCCAAGGCCAGAGGACUGCCCUGAUCCCUCCUGUCCCACCCGUGGGUGAAAAGGAGUCAAGUCUGACUCUGAAUACUCAAGCUUGCUUUGAGUUUUUGAAGAAUGAUGUAAGGGAGACCAUGGUCAACCAUCUUGUGCCAUCCCUGCUUCAAGGGAACUCCUUGUUCCUCCAUAAAUUUUUGCAAAGCUACCAAGCAUUUGGGACCAUGCAGCAGGUGCUGGAUCUACUGUUAAAAAGAUGUGAUCAUCUCAUGACCUCUACAUACAGCCAAAGCCCCCAUUACUCUGGUAGAAAUGGCAGGCCUCUGGAUCAGCUGAAAAAUGCCAUCUCUACCAUCUUGGGCACGUGGCUGGAAAAGUAUUCAGAUCAGUUCUGGCAGCCUCCGGAGUUUGAGUGCCUCAAGCAGCUGGUGGAGUACGUGAAGCUGCACAUGGCUGGCUCAGACCUGGAGCACCGUGCACAGCUUCUCCUGGCCCAGCUGGAGAACAUGGAGACCGUGAAAGCCAAGUCUGAGGCUCUGGCACGAGCACCAGAGCCAGUUCCAACUGGAGAGCAAGAGCCAGCUCUAGCAGCAGCCUCUAAGCCAGCAGUAGACACACCACCCAUUCUGCAGCAAGAGUCAGCUGCAGUGCCAGCUCCAGUCCCAGGUGUACCUGUAAAGCCACCUCGGGCUAUUGUUCCAAGGAAGAAGCUGACUGUAUCUGAGAUGACUCUGGAGCUGCAGCCAGCCAGAGCAGGGCCACUCCUCCCAGUGGUGCCACCCUGGCCUUCACUUAUGACCAUGAAAACCAGGGAUCUCACCUCCUUGCAGCAGGGCAAAAAGGCCCAGGAGCACCAGUCUGCCACCAUCCACACCCCUCUCAUUCAGCUCCCAAAUGUGGCCCAGUGUGUCAUCAGCACUGUCCUCAGGCACUGCAUCAUGGAAACCUCAGCCUGCACCCAGGAGCGCCAAAGGCCAAGGAACCUCACCUCUCUCUCUGGGCUGCGAAUCAGUGCUAUCCAAUGCCUGAUGGAGAACUGGGAAGACUUCUCCAGGUGGUUGCUGCUCUCCAUUGGACCUCCGGGUGAACCAGCUCCACAGACUGAACAAAAGAGCCCACAGCUCCGCCUGGUAGAUGGGGGUUAUCGCUGUGCAGGAAGAGUGGAGAUUCUUCACCAGGGCUCCUGGGCCACCAUCUGUGAUGACACCUGGGACAUGAGUGAUGUCCAUGUUGUGUGCAGACAGCUGGGCUGUGGAGUGGCCUUAUAUCACAUGCUGAAUGCUUUCUUUGGAUCUGGACCCACAUCCAUCUGGCUGAAGAGUCCAGGCUGCACAGGCAAGGAGACCCAUGUGUGGCAGUGCCCUUCCUGGAGCUGGGGGCAGCAUAACUGCAGCAAGACUCCGGAUGCAGGAGUCAUCUGUUCAGGAUUUGUGCGUCUAAGUGGAGGGCACGGACUUUGUUCAGGGCGAGUGGAAGUGAACCCUGAAGGAGCAUGGAUUCCAGUGUCUGCUGUGAACUUCACGUUGUCCUCUGCAGAGGUCGUCUGUGCAGAGCUGGGGUGUGCCAAGACUGUUUCUGUCCUGGGGAAGAGAAAUGCCAGUGAACAUGUGUGGGCUGAAGAGUUCUGGUGUGAGGGGCAGGAGCCUGAGCUCUGGUUGUGCCCCAGAGCACCCUGUCCUGCAGGCAGCUGCCAGCAUAGUGGGGCUAUUGAAAUUGUCUGUGGAGAAAGCCCUCAGCUCCGGCUGGUGGAUGGGAGCCAUCGCUGUGAAGGAAGAGUGGAGAUUCUGCACCAGGAAUCCUGGGGCACCAUUUGUCAUACUUACUGGGACAAGAGCGAUGGCCAAGUGGUGUGCAGACAGCUGGACUGUGGAGAAGCACUUCAUGUUACAUACAGUUCCCACUUUGGGCCUGGAUCAGGGCCCGUCUGGCUGAGUGCCAUGAGAUGCACAGGAGAGGAGACCCAUGUGUGGAAGUGCCCUUCCCUGGGUUGGGGUAGGAACUACUGCAACCAUGAGUAUGAUGCAGGGGUCGUCUGUUCAGGAUUUUUGCGUCUGGCUGCAGGAGUCGGGCCCUGCUCAGGCCGAGUGGAAGUGAACCCUGGGGGAGGGUGGACUCCAGUGUCCGCUGCAAAUUUCACGUUGUCCACCGCCCAGGUCAUCUGUGCAGAGCUGGGGUGUGGCAAGGCUGUGUCUGUCCGGGAGGACCUGUCCUUCAGAGUGGAUGCUGGACAGAUGUGGGCUGAAGAGUUCCGGUGUGAGGGGCAGGAGCCCGAGCUCUGGUUGUGCCCCAGAACACCCUGUCCUGGGGGCAGCUGCGGCCACACAGGGACAGUUCAGGUCGUCUGCUCAGAGCUCACCGAAGUCCGGCUCAGGAGCAGCGGCCCCUCUCCGUGUGCAGGGCAGGUGGAGAUGCGCAAAUUUGAGAACUGGAGAAUGCUCUGUGCCUCCCACUGGAGCGCGGCAAAUUCCCAAGUCGUGUGCCGCCAGGUGGGCUGCGGGAUCGCCCUCCCCACCCCAAAAGGAGCGCACUCUGCCAGAGGAGGAGGAGGUGAGAUCUGGCCAGACCGAUUCCACUGCUCGGGGACAGAGUCCUUCCUGUGGAACUGUCCUGUGAGCGCCCUGGGCGUCCCUGCCUGCACCCCUGGGAACGCGGCCGUGGUGGUCUGCUCAGGAAACCAGACCCAGCUGCUGCCCCAGUGCGAUGACGCCCUGUCUGACCCAGCAGGCUCCGCAGCCUCAGAGGUGCAAGCUGCCCACUGCUCAGACAGCAGACAGCUGCGCCUGGUGGACGGGGGCGGUCGCUGUGCAGGCAGAGUGGAGAUCCUACACCAGGGCUCCUGGGGCACCAUCUGUGACGACAGCUGGGACCUGCGUGAUGCCCACGUGGUGUGCAGACAGCUGGGCUGUGGCGUGGCCUUCAACGCCAUGGCCUCUGCUCAUUUUGGGCAGGGAUUGGGGCCUGUCUGGCUGGAUGAGCUGAACUGCACAGGAGAGGAGUCCCACGUGUGGAAGUGCCCUUCCCGGGGCUGGGGACAGCACGACUGCAGGCACAAGGAGGAUGCGGGGGUCAUCUGUUCAGAGUUCAUGGCUCUCAGGAUGGUGAGCGAGGACCAGGAGUGCUCUGGGUGGCUGGAGAUUUUCUACAAUGGGACGUGGGGCAGUGUCUGCCGUACACCUAUGGAAGACAUGACCUUGUCCGUGAUCUGCAGACAGCUUGGCUGUGGGGGCAGUGGGACCCUCAACUCUGCUGUUGCUGCCAGGGAAAGUUCUAGACCCCUGUGGGUGGAUGGAAUCCAGUGUAGGAAAACGGAUACCUCCCUCUGGCAGUGUCCUUCUGAAGCUUGGAAUCCCAGAUCUUGCCGACCAAGGGAUGCAGCUUUUAUCACAUGUACAGGAACCAGACCCAAGAGCUGCCCGGAUUCUGCCCCCUGCACAGACAGAGAGAAGCUGCGACUCAGGGGAGGAGACAGCGCGUGCUCAGGCCGCGUGGAGGUGUGGCACGAAGGCUCCUGGGGCACGGUGUGCGAUGACUCCUGGGGCCUGGCGGAGGCUGAGGUGGUGUGUCGGCAGCUGGGCUGUGGCCCUGCCCUGGAUGCCCCGGGAAAGGCUGCGUUUGGCCCCGGAAAUGGAAGCAUCUGGCUGGAUGAGGUGUGGUGCAGGGCCGGGGAGUCCUCGCUGUGGGACUGUGCCAGGGCGCCCUGGGGACAGAGCGACUGCAAGCAUGAGGAGGACGCGGGCGUGAGGUGCUCAGGUGAGUGGCCCUCUUCCUCCACAGGCACCAGCACAGUCUCAGCUCCUGUUCCUGGCAUUUUUUCUUUACCUGGGAUCCUCUGCAUCAUCCUGGGAGCCCUCCUCUUCCUGGUCCUCAUCAUCCUGGGGACUCAGCUGCACAGAUGGAGAGCAGAGCUCCGAGCCUUAUCCACUUUUGAAGAUCCUCUGGAUGAGGCCUUUUAUGAGGAGAUAGAUUAUCUUGUGUGACCACAGAAGGAGGACCCAUUUGACAACCCAGGAAAUCUGUCUGAGGACUCAGUGACUAAACUCCCCUAUUCCACAGAGGGCAGUGAGGAGACUGGAGAUCCCGUGUCUGCCCCAGAACCUCCAGCACAGCAUGUUGAUGUCACAGAAAAUGGCUAUGAUGAUGUUGAAGAGUUAACUGAUUCUAAACUUCCUUCCUCUCCUGAGAGGACUGAGAAGGACAUUUUCCCAGAAGAUGGAGGUGGUGCCAGGGAUUCUCAGACAAGCAUCUCACCUCAAUCUCCAACAGAAGUUGCCUACUCCAACCUGGAAGAGGAGGGAUCUUCACUGGUCCCGAGACAAGACCUUGGGUACGACGACAUUGAAUUCAUCGGUAUAUAGUGCCACACUGGGGGAUACCUAGUCUGCAAAGAACUCCUCCCUCAUACUGU